AUGUCUGCCUGGGGUGUCAUCAUCGACGCCGUGGUGAAGGGGCUCACCAUGGCCGCCCACGCCGCGACCUUGGUGGAGAAGGGGAGGAAUUUUGUCCGGUGGGUGAGGGGAAAGGAGAAGAAGAAGGACGAGUCCGAGGAUUUGGAGAUGGGCCCGGUGGGGUGGAGGGCCGAAAUGGAGGUAUUGAGAGGGCGAGUGGCGGCAGUCGAGGUAGAGAACAGUGCCCUCCGGGAGGUCGUCAACGAUCUCCAUCUCCGGUUCGGAGGGCCUCUCCCGUCUCGACGGGUCGACGGAGUCCGGCGUCGAUCCCACGUCGGCCACCCCGACUUUGAUUGA